AUCACUUAAAAGUAGCAGUAUCGCAUUCUCUGUCAUUUCUAGAGAAAAUGCAGAGUGCGUUUAAGAGCUUGCUAAAAUCACCUGUUUUUCGUCCGAGCGCACUGCGAUUCCUCAAAAUGACCGAAAAGGAUCUUCUGGCUGUACCUUUGGUAGAUGUAGACAGCAAAGGUAUUUUUAAAUAUAUUCUAAUUAAGGUUAUUGGCAAAGAGGAUUGCACGGACAACGAAAAGAAUAUAGUUCGUGGAUAUGCCGACUGUGAUUAUCAUUCUGAUAUCUACGAGCGCGUCAUGAAAGCUUGUAAAAAGACCGGCUUGGAAACUGAAUGCCUUGGCGGUGGCCGCAUUGAGCACAAUCCAGAGAAGAAGUACAUGAAAGUGUACGGCUUUUCACAGGGCUUUGGUAAAGCUGAUCACUUGGAAUCGAAGAGAAUUUUGCAAACAAAGUAUAAGGACUACGAAAUUGAAACAACCGAUGAGGGUUAUUAGUUUGUGUUCAUAAUUAUUUGAGCAUACUUGAAGUUAAUUUAUUAAUUCAAAUUAUAUGUAUUUCUUUUGAGCA